AUGGUACUGGAGAAGGACCUGUUCCGGUUCUACGAGCGGCUCAAGGAGUCGUGCGCGCGCAGCGGCGACCACACGCUGCACGUCUUCGUCGCCGGAAUCUACGUCGACUCCGCCGUCGCGCUCAAGAUCCUCACGGACUUGCUACGAGCUGACUCGCUACAGUACUCGGUGUUCCCCGUGUAUGGCUACGAUGACAUCACCGCACAUGCCAACAAGGCAGCGGCUGGUAACCAGGCGUACACAGCAGUGUUCCUAAACUGCGGGGCGACGGAGGACCUAUGUGGGCUGCUGGGCGUGGGGCCGUCCGUGUCGCUGUUCGUGGUGGACUGCCAUCGCCCCGUGCACCUCAACAACGCCGCCCUGCACAACUCCAAGGUGGUGCUAGCGCAGUCCCCAGAGAGCGAGCCAGAGGACCCGGGGUCGUUCUUCGGGCAGCCGUCGGGGUGUGUGGUGUUUGAGAUGGCGCAUGGCAUGCGGCGAGACACUAGUGAACACCUCUGGCUCGCGUGUGUGUCCAUCACAGACCAGUUCGUGCACUCGCGCCUUGCUCCAGAGCACUACACUGCCGGCUGUCUCGACCUGGAAGACAAGGUGACGACAGCAGCGGCCAUGGAGGCGCCGCGAUCAGCAGUGAUGGAAGAUGGCGUGUCUGUCAAGCUACCGGACAUGGGCCGAAUACAGUUCCAACACGAGCUACGACUCAUGUGUCUCCCCCGGUGGAACCUGUUUGACUCGCUGCUCUACUCGUCCUACCCCGCCACCAAGCUCAAGACCUGGACGGAGCCCGGGCUCAGGCGCCUGCGCCUGCUGCUGGGCCAGCUGGGCAUCCCCCACGCGCAGGCCAAGCAGCGCUACCCCUUCAUGCCCGCUGCCACGCGCAGUCGACUCAAGGACGAUGUGCAGCGCUUUGGUCCGAGCCAUGGGCUGUCAGACAUGUGCUACCGUGCCUUCCACCGAUACAACGGAUACAAGUGUAUGAAUGUUCGUGUGUGGCAGCUAGUGCCGUGCGGUGGUGGGCUGCUGGACACGUCCACACCACAUACAUGUGCUGCCUUGGAGCGACCUCCUGACCUGACCAGGCCCCUCCCCCCACAUGUCACACGUGGUGCUCACUCGCAGUUGCCCCUCUCCACAUCACUACUCUGCCACAAGGGCCUUCUCAGCACACACACGCCCACGUUUUCCUCCCUUCCCUUGCCCCAUUCCUUGCCUUGUCAGGCCACCCCCACCACGUUCCAUGUGUCGGCAUCAGACGUGGUGUACGGCAUCACAGCGCUGCUGGGGAGCCACUCCCCUGCUGACUCACAUGGCGCUCUCGUUCCCAUUCUUGCCCUUUUGCUUCCCCCCUCCCCCCCCCCCCCCCCCCCCCCCCAACCACCAUUUCUUGCCCCUUCCUCCACCAGGUUCCGUGUGUCGGCAUCAGAUGUGGUGUACGGCAUCACAGCGCUGCUGGGAGAGACAAACGUGGUGUACGGCAUCACAGCGCUGCUGGAGAGCCACUCGCCGGCGCCCACGGGGCUUGCAGCGGGGGACAAUGGCGCCGCCGCACACGCUCACACCAACAACUCCUUCUGGACUGCCCUCUCCGCCCUGCACCUGCGCGGGUGGAAGCAGCUAGAGGAGGGCAUGGACUUGGCAAUCCGCAUGCAGGCAGCACUAGUCCGCCAGGGCAGCCUUGCCAUCGCCAAGAAGGGUGCCAUCCGCAGCACGUGUGGGAGGCACCGAUUCCGCUAUAUGCUGCUGGACGACCACAGCGACGCACGCCUCAUUGCGCACCCCCUGGCGCUCACCCGCCUGCUCCUCUUCCUCAUGGACGCACUCAAGCUUUUCUCAUUGCGCCUUAUUGCGCACCCCCUCGCGCUCAUGCGCCUGCUGCUCUUCCUCAUGGACGCGCUCAAGGUGGGGAGAAGGGGGAGGGGAAAUCAGGGGGAUGGCGGAGGAGGGGAGGAGUGGGUUAGGGGGAUGCCUCUAUGGCAAGGUGUUGUCUCACCCCUCACCAUACCUGCAUUCCCCUCCCUCAUCGUCUCCCUCAUCCGGCCCUCUACCCCACCAGGAGCAAGGCGAGCGGCCUCGCCCCAUGGUGGUGGCAGCAUCACUGCCAUCAUCCCCAUCAGCACUCAUCGUGGGAGUGUCACACAAACCGAGGCUCGGGCAACUCAUGGGCAAGUAUGUAUCCUCCACUCAACCCGCUUUGUCAAGUAUGUCAUCCUCCGCCCCUCACCCCUGAUCAAGUAG